CCGGGCGGCGGCGUAGAGCGAGUGGAGCGCCCGGGGGUUCCGGGCGGCGGCGGCGGAGGCGGCGGCGCAGAGGAGGAAGCCGGCCCCGGCCCGUCCCGCGGCCCCGCGGCUCCACGGCCCCACGCGCCCCCGGCCCCGGGCCCUUCCGCCGCCGCCAUGGCCCGGCCGCUGGUGCCCAGCUCGCAGAAGGCGUUGUUGCUGGAGCUCAAGGGGCUGCAAGAGGAGCCGGUGGAGGGCUUCCGGGUGACCCUGGUGGACGAGGGCGACCUGUACAACUGGGAGGUGGCCAUCUUCGGACCCCCCAACACCUACUACGAGGGCGGCUACUUCAAGGCACGCCUGAAGUUCCCCAUCGACUACCCUUACUCCCCUCCCGCCUUUCGGUUCCUGACCAAGAUGUGGCACCCCAACAUCUACGAGACUGGGGACGUUUGCAUCUCUAUUCUCCACCCUCCGGUGGAUGACCCCCAGAGCGGGGAGCUGCCCUCGGAGCGGUGGAACCCCACGCAGAAUGUCAGGACCAUCCUCCUGAGUGUCAUCUCCCUCCUCAACGAACCCAACACCUUCUCGCCAGCCAACGUGGACGCCUCUGUGAUGUACAGGAAGUGGAAAGAGAGCAAAGGCAAGGACCGCGAGUACACGGACAUCAUCCGGUCUCCUCAGGGAGUGGGUUCUCCAUGUGUGACCAGGCCCAUGCUGUGCAAGGUGGUCUGUUUUCUCACCUCACGAAACACCCACACUCACCUGCUGUGUCGCUGUGCCUGCGGAGCUGUAGAGACCCGUGCCUGUGGGCCAGCCUCGCGACCUCACGGCGAGAGCUCGAGAGAGCCCAGCGGCACCGUCGGAAGGAAGCAGGUCCUGGGGACCAAGGUGGAUGCAGAGCGGGAUGGCGUGAAGGUACCCACCACACUGGCUGAGUACUGUGUGAAGACCAAGGCCCCAGUGCCGGACGAGGGCUCCGACCUCUUCUAUGACGACUACUACGAGGAUGGCGAGGCUGAGGCCGACAGCUGCUUCGGGGACGAUGAGGAUGAUUCAGGCACCGAAGAGUCCUGACACUACAUCCCUGCGAAUAAACUUACAAAUUUUACCUCAGCUGCCCGACUGUCUGCCGCCGCCACUACCUCCGGGCGCCGCGUGGCCCGGCGCCGUCCACCCCAUCUCCGCCUCCAGGGAGGCCGCCGGGCUCGCGUCCCUGGGCACCGCGUGGGCCAGACGCUGCUCAAGGACUCUAGCCUGCCUGCCCCACCUGCAGGUCAGAGACUCAGGGUCCCGGCUUGUGAGUGGACGGAUUGACUUGGGGUCACCUCUUCUCUCUGCUUUGGUUUGUUUGGAAUUUAAAUAAAGCAACUUUAUGAGAA